AACUCUCUCUCUCUACUCUCUUUGCUCUUUCUCUCUCUAAAUCCUAUGUAUGAAUUCCUUUCUUAGAGUGGCUUCUGCCUCUCUCCGCGUUCCUCUUCUCUCUCUUAAUCACAGAGCUGACCAAAAGUUUUUGAACCACAUUUCACCUGAAAAAAAUCUCAGACUGCUGAAAAUAUUUGCUGGAAGCCUCGAAAAAACUAACUCGCCCAAAGCCAUUCUCCUUCAAAGUUUCUCUCUCAAGAAAACUGGUCUUUCCAGUGCAAAAUUGACCACCAUAAUCAUCUAGAAACCUCUCUCUAGACCAUUGAUCUUCUUCUUACAGAUCUAGAGUGAGAAGAAAGGUAGAGAGAGAAAGUAGUGAGAUGGGGAGGGGUAAGAUAGAGAUAAAGAGGAUCGAGAACACGACGAAUAGGCAGGUGACGUUUUGCAAGAGGAGGAACGGUUUGCUCAAGAAAGCUUAUGAGCUCUCUGUGCUGUGCGAUGCGGAAGUAGCCCUCAUUGUUUUCUCAAGCCGCGGCCGUGUCUACGAGUAUGCGAACAACAACAUAAAAACAACCAUUGAGAGGUACAAGAAGGCUUCUGCUGACAGUUCAAGCGCAACAUCGAUUUCAGAGGCCAAUUCCCAAUACUAUCAGCAAGAAGCAACCAAACUGCGCCAACAGAUACAACUCCUCCAAAAUGCCAAUAGGCACUUCAUGGGCGAUGGCUUGAGUGCUCUGACUAUCAAAGAACUUAAGCAAUUGGAGGGCAGAUUGGAGCGAGGGCUCACCCGAAUCAGAUCAAAGAAGAACGAGUUGUUGUUCGCAGAAAUUGAGUACAUGCAAAACAAGGAAGCUGAACUGCAAAAGGAUAACAUGUACCUUCGGGCUAAGAUAGCCGAGCAAGAUAGGACCCAACAGUCUAACAUGUUGCCGGCACCAGAAUUCGAUGCAAUUCCGACUUUUGACUCUCAAAAUUACUACCAAGUGAAUCUCAUGGAGGGCGCACACCACUACCGUAAUCAAGACCAAACUGCCCUUCAUCUCGGAUAAUAUGGUGGAGGCCAUUUAUCCUUCAAAAAUGGAGUAUUUUAUGUAAUUGUUCCCGGAAUUAAGGGUUUCUUAUAUAUAUACAGCUCAAGUAAUAUUUGAUAAGUUGUACGCAUAAAACCCUAAGUGGAAAUAUCUCAAGUGUCAUCUCAAACUCUAAAAGUCCUUGGACAAUGAUAUAUUUCCACUUGGGCGGAAGAUUUAUAAUGGUUCUUUUGUCUUUGUCGUUA